AUGUCAGAAAUAUUUUCAAGAGGAUGGAUUAUUUCACACAGAAUGGAGAUGUGGCUUCUAAUCCUGGUGGCUCAUUUGCUACAAAGAAAUGUGAACUCAGGACAAAUGCCAACUAAAGCUGUGGACCCGGAAGCAUUCAUGAACAUCAGUGAAAUCAUCCAGCAUCAAGGCUAUCCCUGUGAGGAGUAUGAAGUGGCCACGGAAGAUGGGUAUAUCCUUUCUCUCAACAGAAUUCCGCAAGGCCUGAUGCAACUCAAGCAAGCAGGUUCCAGACCUGUGGUGUUACUGCAGCAUGGCCUGCUUGGAGAUGCUAGCAACUGGAUUUCCAACCUGCCCAACAACAGCCUGGGGUUCAUCCUGGCAGAUGCCGGUUAUGAUGUGUGGAUGGGGAACAGUCGGGGAAACACCUGGUCUCGGAAACACAAAACCCUCUCCAUAGACCAAGAUGAGUUCUGGGCUUUCAGUUAUGAUGAGAUGGCUAGGUUUGACCUUCCUGCAGUGAUAAACUUUAUUUUGCAGAAAACGGGCCAGGAAAAGAUCUAUUAUGUUGGCUAUUCACAGGGCACCACCAUGGGCUUCAUUGCGUUUUCCACCAUGCCAGACCUGGCUCAGAAAAUUAAAUUGUAUUUUGCUCUAGCUCCGAUAGCCACUGUCAAAUACGCCAAAAGUCCUGGAACCAAAUUUUUGUUGCUGCCCGAUAUGAUGCUCAAGGGGUUGUUUGGCAAAAAAGAGUUCCUACACCAGAACAGGAUUCUCAGACAGUUUGUGAUCUACCUUUGCGGCCAGGUGAUAAUUGACCAGAUCUGUAGCAAUCUCAUGCUACUCUUGGGUGGAUUUAAUUCCAACAAUAUGAACAUGAGCCGAGCAAAUGUGUACGUGGCCCACACGCCUGCUGGGACAUCGGUGCAAAAUAUCCUUCAUUGGAGCCAGGCAGUGAAUUCUGGGGAACUCCGGGCAUAUGACUGGGGAAGUGAGACCAAGAAUCUGGAGAAAAGCAACCAGCCAACUCCCAUCAAGUACAAUGUCAAAGAUAUGACAGUCCCUACAGCCAUGUGGACCGGAGGUCAAGACUGGCUUUCAAAUCCCGAAGAUGUGAAAACUCUGCUCUCUAAAGUGACCAACCUCAUCUACCACAAGAACAUUCCAGAAUGGGCCCAUGUGGAUUUCAUCUGGGGUUUAGAUGCUCCUCACCGCUUGUACAAUGAGAUCAUACAUCUGAUGCAGCAGGAAGAAAUUGAUUUUUCCCAGGGCACAUGCGAGGUCAGAUGGUGA